AUGUUACGUAUUUUAAUUUUGGUUCUCUUCCUACGCCUGUCUUACGCCACGCUGUCAUCGGAAGUAACGUCAUACGCGAGAGUAUCGAGAAACGGACAGCCAGGAAGUAGCUUUCACGAGUCUCUGUCGUGGAUCACCAGGUGCGCAACAUCUGUGCAUCUUAGGCCCGUAACGAGAAACAAUACGAGCGUGGAGAACGAAAACAGAAGUAUAAAUGGCGUUGUUGUCACAGCAUCGCCCGUGUACGUAGCGUCCAGGACUUCGAAAUUGAAAAAAGGUGAAGCGAUGGAUUAUCCAAUCGGUCCAAGAUAUUCGACGUUGGAUCAUGAAAUGAUAGCCAAGCUGGACGAGGGCAAGCGAAUUCAACAGCGAUUUAAUGCACCUGCGAGUGGACUUUUCAAAAAAGACUCUUUCGUUUCAUCAAACGGAAGACCGCAGAAAGGAGCGAGUGUGUCAUAUGCGGAAAUUUCUCCGAGCAUAAACUCAUCCGCUUUUCCCGGCCCGAUCUUCCCUGGCAUAUACGAAUACAGUCCGAACCCAGUCCCCGACGACGAAUCACCGAUGUCUAAACCAAUAAUCAGUAAAUAUCCACCCGCAUCUAUGGAUGAUAAUAUUCCGGAUCUCUACAAACCGUCGCCAAACAAAUAUCAGACCAGUAGCGAACACGAAGUGGAUUACUCUGAUUUUACAAUAACUUCUUCGUAUGAAAAUGACGGAUCUGGGUCGAAACCUAUGAAAUUUGCGAAUCAUCACGAUCAUUCAUCUUCAUUCAUAGAAGAUUCGUACGAGCACGAUCAUCACAAUUUUCAUCAUGACGUGAUUUACGAUCACGUACCUGUGUACCACGAGCAUCAUCCCAAGACCACAACGGAAGAGCCAGAAAUGAACGAUCAGCGACUUGACAAGAGGCCCUACUCGUAUUACUUCAUAGGAAAGAAGUUAUGGUAUAUACCACUGUAUUUCAGCAUCUAUCUUAUCAUAUACAUAGCAGCGCUCGUAUUGAAGAGCAUCGCCCGACACAAGAUCAAUCUUCCGACUCAGCUGGAGGAGAUCGCGCAUCACCGCAAAAGACGCGAAUCUAGCGAAGGAUGGUGGUAUUUUACUGAAAGAAUACUCGAAGGGAUUGAACGAUUUGCUGAAACAUCUGGUAAAAUUUCUGAAUAUUAAUUAAACUGUGGUCUGAAGAAAAU